AAUAGGCAAAUGACGUAUAGCAGGAAUAGUCAACAAAAUACUACAGGAUGUCCGUCAACACAGCACACGCUCAAUUUGGAGGUGUCCUGAUUUUUUCAGGCGAAAGGAUCCUUAUUUUUUGUGAUGGCGUUGAGAUGGGGUUUGACUGUAAAGACUUGGCUCAUUUCAAGGGCACCAAGAAGGGAAGGAUAUACUUGACAACACAUCGGGUUAUCUUCACAAACAAGAAAACAGACGAUAUGCUCCAGUCUUUCAAUAUGCCGUUCUACUGUAUGCGAGAGGUUGAACUAGAACAACCUGUAUUUGGAGCAAACUACAUCAAAGGCAAAAUCAACCCAGAAAAUAACGGUUGGAUGGGAGACUGCAGGUUCAAGCUCUGGUUUACAAAUGGUGGGGCCAUUGAGUUUGGAACAGCAAUGCUGAAGGCUGGCCAGCUGGCCUCCAGGAACUUCCGGCACCAGCCUCCAGCAUACUCUCCCCCUCAGGGCCCAAUUUACCAGGCCCCACCCCCAGCCUAUACCCCACCCCAGGCAAACUAUGGCUGGGUACCCCACACGGCAUUCCCUUCAGCUCCACCACCGGAAUAUGUGUAUACCACGGGCGCUCCACCACCGUACCCAGGGGUAGACCCCUCUUCUCCACCCUAUCCUCCAUCGCAGACCAAUGGCACCGCUGCAGAUGCCAAAGCCCAGGAGGCUGCAGGAGGGGCUUAUUACAACCCAUCCACCCCCCACAAUGUAUAUGUGCCCAACAACGGGGCUCCAUACCAGGCCCCACCCUACAGCACACCUCAGUAUAGCGCCCCGCCCCCAUCGUACUCCGAGGCGGCUAAGAAGAACAACUGAUCAUGUCCUUUUGUUUUGGAGUCUGUAAUUCACACACUUAUUGAGAUCUACGCUGUGCCCUGCAGAAGUUCUUAUACUUUUUGAUAAUGAUUGGCUGUUUGGAAUUAAGGAUAGAUGUUAUGUUAUUGUAACAUUCAUGUGUUUUCAAAAAGAUUUUGAUCCACACCAUAAUAUUUAAGGGAAAUAACUCUUCCAAAAAAUAACAGGUAUUAAAUGUAAGUAAUGUAGCAUACAUUCUUAAAUUUAAAAAGUUUUAACAACAGAACAAAAAAAAACACAAAAAUUGUCAUGCAUGCAGUGAUUGAUGUCCAUACUGGUUGAUUGGAUGUUCAUAUGUAACAAGUUAAAGGAUCACUUUAAGGGGCUAUUAUUCCAUUAUCUGAAUGGGAGGGGGGCACUUGUAUUUAAAUUUGAUGGAUAGGCGAUAAACGCCCUAAAUAUAUUCAUGAUAUAAAGUUCAAAAGGCAAUUGCCUGGCCAAUUCCAUCAAGGCGUUGAAUCUUGGGCUGAGACAAGUUUCGCCUCUCAUUUUCUAAGCGUACACCUCUGCCACUAAGAUAAAGAGAAAUCUGAGCUAUUAAGAUGACAUUUCAUAUACUCUCCACAGAACUGUUGAAAAUUUUGUUAGCAUUUUUUCUCGUGGCAAGACUGUAGCUGCUUCCAUGUUUUCCUUUGAUGCACCUUGGAUUUACUGUCUGCAUAGAAAUAUAUCAAAUGUGACGUACAUUCGAGGUUUGAUUCGGACACUCAACAGAAUCCACCAGGAGGGUUAUGAAUGGAAAAAAAAUUUGAAAUACAAGUAAAGUUGAAUUGUGUUUGAUGUUAAUGACAGAUUCACAAUGUUGUAUGGGGAUUACCAUAGAUCAGAGGAAUUAGAGUUGUACUGGUAUAUUUAAAGUAAAUAAUAAUGUUAUAGCUGAAUUAUUGCAGAUUGGAAGUGUACUGUAUCAUUACGGUAAGCAUUGUUAGACAGUGAUAUUUAUGUUAUGAGCAAUUUACAUUGUAUGUUUGUUAUUGAUUUCAUAUAAAUUUUUAUAUACUGUAUAGUUGUUAAUAUUCGUAGGGCAUUUAAUUUCACUUCAUUUGACGCAAUUAAAUACAGCAGGAAAAUAUAUACACACAAAAUUUCAUACACUUGUAUUUAUAUGCGCACUGAAAUGACUUGAAGUCUUUAAAGUAUAAUACAAGGCAUAGUUGUGUGAAAUCAAAUACUCGGAAAGCUGCAAAAUAUUAGCCCUGUGAAAUUGAACAGCUAUAUAAUACCUUAUUGUUGUUGGUGUAUAUUAACCUUUCCAUGAGGUUUUUCCAAAAUUAUUUGUAUGUAAGGAUUUCCUAUCACUUGUCAAAUUUAUACUCGGAACUAAACUAGGGAAAAACAGUACAAUAAGGUAUUUUGAUAAUCUAUGUAUUUGUAUGUAUUGGAUCAUGUGUUUAGUGACAAGGUGUGAAACCUGAGGUUAACGAUACCAAGCUUAAGGAGUACCAGGUGUUUAGGAUAUAAAGAUAGUUUUGAGUGACAUGAUCAUGGGUGUAAAAGAAACCUUUGUGAUUUCGAGCUGGAAAAAUCUUUUAAGAUAUCACAAAAGGCAAGAGGAAUUGUUUUUGUGCAUCUUCAAUUCUGGUAUCGGUAAAGUCAGAUUUCACUUUUUGUAUUUUGUCUUUAUUAAUAUAAAUCAUUAAUUUUAAUUAUUGACAAUGAUCUUGAUAAUCACGAUAAUCAGAGGUCAUCAUUUUAUGUACAGUAUAUCAAUUUCACUCAGCCUUUUAUUUGUAAAAGAUUUGACUCUUUUCACAUCUUUGUUUCAUUUCCAUAUUGAAAAUAUCUUUAUACAUGUAUCAUUUGUGUGAAGGAUUCGUCUCUAUAUCUAUGUACAGCAUUCUCUGAUUUGAAUAUUAAUUUCCCUAUUAAAUGUCAAAAUCAUGUAGUUAACAUACCUAGUAUGGUGUACAGUCAAACCCUGUGAUAAAGUUGAUAUAUACAUUUCACAGCCUAUAGAGAAAUGAUUCUCUGCUUAACUGGCACUUUCAAUAUAGGAUUUUAUGUUUUUGUGGACAUGAGCGAUGUAUAUGCCAUUAUGUGUCAUUGCAUGAUGUCGUCAUAUUAAAGAAAUGUAAAAAUGA